AUGUAUUUUGUUAUAUUGAUUUAUUUUAUGUUUAUAUCAAAACCGGUUCAUAGUGCAAUAUUGAUCAACAAAAUUCCAAUUAUUCAAACGGGAGAAAACAUUACGAUUUUGAACAGUUUACCAAAAUUUAAUGCUUCAAAGGCAAUAAAUGAAUUGCAAACUUCCUUGAAUGGACUUGUUAUCCAGAAAAAAAUUUUUAAUAAAACAUUAGGUGAACAAAAUACUGAGUUAAAUCAUAUAAUCAAAUCAGUAGAAAAUUUUCCUGAAGGUAAUUGGACACGAGGAAUAAUAAACAUAGGAGAUAAUCCUCCUCAUAACUUUAUUUUAUCAGAAAAGUCUUCAUCUGAUAGUUCGAAAAAUUCGAAAAGUGAAGCAAGACAUAUUAAUAAUUUUCAUGCUGCAAGGGAUCUGCGUUCUCCAACUCGAUCAAAAAGUUUAAAUUUAGAAAAUGAAGAAAAAUCUGAACAAAAACCAAACAUAAAUUUAACAGAAAUUAUAAAGUCUUUAAAAGCCAAGGUAUCCGACAAUACCGAUAGAUAUUUAUGCACACCUGCACGAGAAUAUAACAACGAACUUUAUACAACUGAUGAUAUAAUAAUAACUUUUGGCAGUAAUGUUGAUAACGAGGAACUGAAGUUACUUGUUUUCCGAAAUAAUGUAACUGAACCUUUAAACCUUCAGAACAUUGAUGAUAAAAGCAUAAUAAUAAUUUGUACCAAAAUAGCAAACUGCACUCAACCAAACAAAACUAAUACAUUAUUGACUAAAGAAAAUUUUUCUAAACUAAUAUCAGAUGCACUUACUAAACAUGAUAAAGAUGAUGUUACCUUUAAUAUUAAUGAAGGUACAAAUAAUUAUAAUUUAUACACGGAGCCUUUUCAAUCGGCAAUGAAUCUACUUGGAAACCCGGAAGAAAGAUACAAAAUAGCAGGUAUGCACUACCAUGCUCAAGAAGAACAUAUGAAAAACAAUGAAAAUAUCUUAAGAAAUAUUCUCUUUGAAUUAACUCGAUUAAACGAUCUUCAAUGGUAUCAAUAUAUAAAUAACCAGCUACCACAUCUUGAAAAUUCUGAAAGAUUGAAUAUCUACAGCAGAUCGAACCCUAUAAACACUCCUUCCUUCGCACAUCAUCCUUUAGAAGAAAUUUCUAAUAUGAUAAAGUUUGUCCUACAUCUAGAAAAUUAUGCAACGGAAAAUGGCAAUUCUAACUACAAUCCUCGUAUUAAAUCUAUUUUAAAAAAUCUUAUUGAUAAAAUUGAUCACGAUAAAAAUAACACGAAUAAGCCACAAGUCAACCAUAAAGUGGACGACAUAAACAUGAUCAACCAAACAUGGGAUAAAUCUCAACUGGAUUUCAUUAUUGAAACGAUUGAAAACUUGAUCGAUGGUAAAGAUAAAACAGAAAAAAAUCUAAAAUUUACGAAAGAUUAUGAUGACAUUAUUAUAGUUAAUGACACCCAAGCAAAUGUAAUGAAAAAAUAUAGAUUGGUUAGCGAACGAAGACUUGAUGAACCGGCAAGUAAAAUAAGAAAAGCCCUUCAACAAGAAAGUAGUGAUAAUUUAUCAAAGGAAAAUGAUAACCCUGAUCUGGAAGUACUUAUGCAAGAUUCGGAAAAGUAUAAACAAUUAUUUUUAAAUAAUAAAACUUCUAACAGCAUGUUACAACCUGGAGUUGAAAUACAGACGAGUAAUGAAAAUUCAGCAAAACCACAAAUUUCUCAUAUAGUUGUAGGUAAUAAUACUGAGGAUAUGAUUACAGAUAUGAGUAAGAUUAAAAUUAUUCGACAAGGAGGCAUAUAA